AUGCGAAACAUCAGCCCCAUACCUGGCCUUGGAUCCACGAAGGCAAGUCUUGGCUCUUUUACGGAUAAGUUAGAUACACAAUUGCGACAGCCAGUAAGAACAGCACAACAACAACACCAAUGCCAACAACAACAACAGCAACAACAACAACAACAACAGCAACAACAACAACAACAACAACAACAACAACAACAACAACAACAACAACAACAACAACAACAACAACAACAACAACAACAACAACAACAACAGCAGCAACAACAAUAA